UUUUUGAAUACGUGGAAAAAACGCUCAAAGAAAAUGGGCACAUGGUUAUUGUGAUAGCUGAAGGAGCCGGACAGGAGUUCCUUUCAGGGAGCUUGCAGCCUGGGGAAGAGAGAGAUCCUUCUGGGAACAGGCAACUCCAAGAUGUUGGGUUGUGGAUUUCUAAUAGGAUCAAGGAACAUUUUGCAAAACGAAAUAAGAUGGUUCUUACUCUUAAAUAUAUAGUGCUGUUCAUGGAGCUAUGGCCGGGUACACAGGCUACACAAGUGGGCUUGUUAAUGGCAGACAAACUUAUAUUCCUUUCUAUUUGUUGCUGUUGCUUGUGAUAUUGCUGCUGUAGCUAUGGUUUCUGUGCUGAUGUGUAGUUCAGUAGUAGAAUUGGGUUUCUGAUAUUUAUGCUGCUGCUGGAUCUGUUGAUAGUGAUUGUGUCCUUGCUUGCUGGGUGGAACUUCAUUAUGGUCAGGGUUUGAAUUGGUUUAACUUAGAAGUCAAUUUGUUAGAUAGUUAAGCAACCUUAACUAUCUAAAUUGGUGAUGAUCUGAGUUGCUGCUGUGAAGUUGUGGUUUCUGUUCUGAUGUGUAGUUUAGGAGUAGAAUUGGGCUUUUAAGUCCUCUGGGCUGUGCUGCUAUCCUGUGGAACACUAAAUGAUCUGGUGACUGCCAGUCAGUACUACUGUGAAGACUAGAGGAGAUUG